AUGUGGGGAUCUUCAAGUACUUUGGCGUCGGCAGUUUGUGCCAUUUUGGAUGUGGGCGCGCACAUGAACGGUUUGCCUCUCAUAGAGGCAGCUCGAUGUCUCACUCUGAUGGCUCAACAGAGACUUUUUACCCAGUCGAAAGAGCAGUUUGCACUUGUACUGGCUGGCACUGAGACCACUGACAACGAGCUGACCGAUUCGAAUGGGAAUUUCGCAAAUAUUUCUCUUUUCCGACCACUCAAGCCCUAUGACUGGGAUUUGCUUGAAGCCCUUGAUACGGGCUUUUCUAGCAGCACUACGAAUGGAAACUUGAUCGAUGCCACAUUCGUUGGAGUGGACCACUUGAUGAAAGUGGCCAAAACGCAAAAAGGCGGAGUAAACAAGCGUAUGAUUGUUUUGAGUAACCUUGAAGGUGAACUAGACUGCAAAGAAAUAAAUGAAGUGAUCAGGAAUUUGCAAAAGGCGGGCGUAAGCGUGGACUUUGUUGGAACGCAUGUCCUCCCGAACAGCAUUUUGAAGACUGAAGAGCGUGCCUUUGAUACACCCAUCAAGGGGGCACAUUUGAAUCGAAUGCAUAAACAAAUGGCUGCAUUUAACAAAAUCCUUGCUGCAAUAGGUGGUCAAAGCUUUACCUUCCAGCCGUGGAAGGUUGAGCUGAGCAUCGGAGAAACGGCCCUUCGGGUGCCUCUUCUCGGCUACCGCAUCCUCUACCCUGCCCGUCCCCCCACCCUUCACUCCUUCGCUAGUCAAGAUCCCCCUAUUGAGGUCACCGCCGUCACCACGUUUCAUCUUCACGACGAGGCGCAAACGGAAGUCUCUGCUGCUGAAAUUGUCUCUGGAUAUCGCUAUGGGACUACUCUGGUCCCCUUCACAAAGGAAGAUAAGGACAAAAUAAAGGUGGAGAGUGAGAAAUGUUUGGCUGUCAUCGGAUUUACCAAAUCGGCAAACUCUCGUAAUUCUGCAGCUAUCGCGGUCUCGGCGCUAGUUCAGGCUCUUAUCGAGUUGGACUCGGUUGCAUUGGUGAGACGUGUCUCCUCACGCCUAUCAGCACCUGUCCUGGGGGUUAUGAUACCUAAAAUUAAUUCCUCAGGAGCUGGUCUAAUUUACCACGACUUGGCCUUCCGCGAGGACAUUCGAGCCUUCACAUUUCCAAGUCUCCCUGUUGUUGAAACAACAAUUGAGGACGGGGAGGAAAAGGAAGAAGAGUUUGAUCAGAAGCUACUGAAGUUGAGAUGGCGACCCAAUGAAGAGCAGAUCGCCGCUAUGGAUGCCUUCAUCACAAGCAUGAUGCUUGACUCUGAUGACGACGACGACGAAGACAACGACGACCGCGACAGUAAAGGAGACAGGCUAGGCGGCGCAAAUGACAAGGCUGACAAAUGCUGCUAG